AUGAGUGCUCCGCUAAUCCCAAACAAGUCAUGUUAUGCCCAGCUUCAGGACAACCGCAGUGAAAUAAAAAAUAACAAUGAAAGCAUAGUGAGUGUUGGGGAUACCAAUGCCAACCAAAUUUUGACAAAAGUUAGAACUACUGAAGGGGAUGUUAAGAAACGUGAUUUGACAGAUGAGAGUGGGAAUAUACACUCUGGAGGAUCAGAGAAAGUUAGUCAUCUGAAUACAGAGCAGAAUAAACUUCUGACCUUCAAAGACUCUUGGACCUGUCACACUGGUGUACAGGAAAGUAAGCUGCCCCCCACCACAAGCAGGGAAAUCAGGAAAGAUUGUAGGACCAGCGAAACUAAGGAUAUAUCAAAGCAUGUCAGGAUUAGUCGAGGACAAAGUCUGUCCAAUUUAAAAAGUAGCACAAAUGAUGCCAACCUGGAGGUUAUUCCCAAAGGUGAUGUUGACUUUACCCAGAACUUUUCUAAGGGUAAAAUGUCCAGGACUGCGGAGAUGGAGAGAAUAAAAAGGCUUUCUUUGGGAAGACCAAGUAAAUUCUCUCCUCAAUCUGAAACAUUUGCAAAAGACUGCGUCGGCCCUGUGUCCUGUAAACGUCUUCUUUCUGCAUCAUUGGACUCCAUCGACAGGUCUCACCAUUUGAUAGGGAAUACAGAGAAAUCACAAAAAACGUCCACGGAUCAUUUUCUUGGGAUGGUGUUUCAUCCACUUGACAAUACCUCAGAGGAAAAUAUUAUAUUUUAUUCCAAACCAUCUACCUCAGGGAACAAGAAAAUAAGUAAAGCAGAAAAUGUACCAAAUGUUAACGUUGAAAGCACACUGCAUACUUCUCAUUCUCAGCAUUCAGCUGUUAAGCCCAAUGAGAUUGCUAGUAAAUCAGAAGCACAGUUAGGUCAGGGUGAUAAAAGUAAAAAACUGGAGCUGAAGACUGCACCAUCUCUACAAUCUAAAAAUACGUGUCAACAAAAGAUUGAAAGAAUUAUGCUGGUAGAGUUCCUGGGAUGUCAGAAAGAUCAAAAUACAGCAAUGCAGGAGCAGAAAGGCUCUGGGACCGAUGCAUUAAAAUUUCAAGCAUCCCAUUUUCAAGACACCUGCAAUGAAGUAGAGGAUCCAUUGUCAAGCCAGGUGGGAACCUAUCCCGAUGAGAAAUUGCUAAGUGAUAACAUCACCAUUGGUGAGGAAGGGAGAGGAGGCAAUGACAGUGACAGCAGCGCAACUAGCCAGGUUGAUGAGGAAUAUUUUACUGACAGAGAAGUGGAAACAAUAUUCCCACUCACCUGCGGUAGUAAAUCCAGUGGCAAAGUGACACCUAGAAAAAAGGAAAAUUUACAUGAAGUUGAUGCAGGUUGCGCUGAAACGGUUGGUGAACAGAUAUCUCUUAUACAUAACAUUAAUCUACCUGACAGCAAACCCUUGAAAGUUAAUGAGAAUAAACUGAUGCUAGUCAAAGGAAGCAUGGAAGAUGAUGCUGUGCCUGCUUCUGAUCUCUCAGAUCAGCACGGAGCGCGCAGUGCAGAAACAGCGUCAAACCAACAACCUGACAACCGCGACAGCGAUGUGGAAACCUCGAGCUUUUCAGUUCCAAGUAAAAAGACAGCUAAUGCACAGAAACAUCCUCCCGAGGAAGCACCAGAGAGCUGUAACGUUUCGGCAAAGGCUGAUGCCUUUUUAUGUGUCCCAACUCCCGUGCGCCCGGUGGUGACGCUGGAUGUUAAUAGUCAGCCCACACUAUCAAACAGUAAUUUGAAGGACCUUUAUGCACUUCAUGUUGACAAACUGUCGCCCUCCUCAGUCCUACCUCCCAUCGACAGUACACAGUUGUUAAAUAUAUCCCCUAAAGUGCCUAUCAAGACUGCUUGCAGCAGUGCCAUCCCCAAACCCAUCCUGGUCCACUCCAAGGGCUCCCUCGCAGAUAAGGCGAGUGAGGAGAGUGACUGCAGUGAAAAGCUGGAAGAAGGCAUCGAGAUGAAACCUGCCAUACCCAGGCCCAAACCUGUGAGACCUAAAAUCAUCACAUACAUUAGGAGAAACCCUCGUUCGAUAGAGCAGCUCGACCCUUCGUUUGCACCAGCAGGGCUGCCCUUUGGUAGCCCUGCGUGUGGCAUGUCCAUCUCUACGGAGCAGAAGGCAUCCAACGGAGGAGAGGCAAAGCCUGCCAGCAUCCUGUAUGACAAAUUUAAACCUGACCUCCAGAAGCCAAGACUCUUCAGUUCUGGACUGGUGGUGUCAGGAAUCAGGCCACCGGGCCAUCACUUUGGUCCGAUGAGCGAGAAGUUUCUGCAGGAGGUUGGGGAAAGGCCUGCGAAAGAUGAAUUUUGCCCUCCGCCGUAUACUCACUAUGAGGUCCCACCAAGUUUUUACCGAUCUACCAUGAUACUGAAGCCACAGCUGGGACUGGGUGCAGUCUCCAGGUUACCGUCUGCCAAGAGCAGGAUUCUCAUUGCAAGUCAAAGAUCCUCAGGUACCUGUCUCCAUCAGCAAGGAGAGAUAACGAGUGCUCCCAGCCUCUAUCAUCCUGAUGCUUCAGUUGAUCUUAAGAAAGGCUCAUGUCCGAGUGCUGCAAAAUCAAAUCUCCCCAAGCCCUGCCAGUCUGGACUUCGUCCUCCAGGUUAUUCACGGUUGCCAGCAGCUAAGCUGGCCGCAUUUGGUUUUGUCAGGAGCUCAAGCGUAUCCUCUGUCUCCAGCAACCAGUCAAACGACAGCGCUCAGAGUGAUCAAAGCAGGACAACCAACC